AUGAAUAAUGAACUAAGACAAAACUCACUACAUAACUUGGCUCAUAUAGCCAACAUAACUCAAGAAUUCAACACAUUGUCAGAACAGAUCAAACAAGAAGAUCAUAAUUCUAGAUCAGGUUAUGAAGGUCCUGUGACGGCAACAAAAUCAGGGAAACCUAAGAAGAUAGCCUGUGUUGAAUGUAGACAACAAAAAUCCAAAUGUGAUGCUCAUGAAAAACAUCCUAAUCCAUGUAGUAGAUGUGAAAAGAAAGGUUUGAAGUGUGACCUUCGAUCAGACUAUAAGAGAACUUAUAAAAGGGCUAGAAUUGCUCAAAUUGAGAGAGAGUUUAGUGAAUUGAAGAAGACAUUGACCGCCAACCAAGCUCAUGAAUUGAUAAAUAAGAUUCCUUCAUUGGCAAACUUCCUGGAAGAUAACACUCCUCAACCAGAGUUAUCAUAUCCAAUGAGAAUCCAAGAAACUUACAAUCCUCCAUUACAUCCAUCUAUAGACCAUAAUCAGAUAGAUCAUUCACAUCAGCUUCAAACGCCCAAUCAUAUUGUUCCCGAUCAUAAGUCUGGUGAGACCAAUCCAUCAUCUAUCCCAGACACUCCUUCAAUAAACAGAAUAGGCCUUGAAAAUGUCGUCAAUGACGUCCCUCAGAAUAUAAUCAUUGCUGACCAUUUACUUUACUGUGAAGCUAAGACCCUUGACUCAAUAACUUUACAACCAGAGACCAUCCGGACGUUGUAUCUUGAAUAUGUUAACCAUUAUCAUCCGAUUUUACCCGUGGUGGACGUUUUAAAGGGUCCAGAAAAGAUCUAUAGAUUGUGUCCUGCCUUGUUUUGGGUUAUAAUGGUGGUAUCAUUAAGAAGAAUGGCAGAGCAUCAAAGCCAUGGUCUUUUAUUAGGAUUAUCACCUAUAAUCAAGGACAUUUUAGCUGAAAUUACUAUUUCUCCUAUCAUCAGGUAUACACCAACAGAAGAAGAUGAACCCAUUUUGAAUGCUUGUUCAGUAUACUCCGUGCAAGCAUUCUUGAUUUAUACGUAUUGGCCACCGAUCACCUCAUCUUUGAGUGCUGAUAGUUCGUGGAACACUAUAGGUUUAGCAUUAUUUCAUGCCAUUAGAAUUGGUAUCAAUGUCAAGAAUCCUUCAUUAUCUCCAUCAUUGACAGAAGAACAUCUCAGAACUUGGAUAUUAUGUAAUAUAGUAUCACAGACUAUAGCGACAGCCUUCGGGUUCCCUGCUUUUGUACAAUUUGAUUCAUCAAUUUGGUCAUCGAUACGACAAAGUACAAAAAUCCCUAAAUCUAUCCGAUUCAUGUUGGAAAUAGCAUCUUUUGAAGACCAGGCAUCAAAAACUUUGAAUUCAAAUCCUUUAGAUCCUUAUGGAUUGAUAGAUCCCACGGAAAGGUUACCUUUAUUGAAGGUUUUGUUAAGACAAUUGGAUGAAUUGGAAUUGAAAUUAAUCGAUGAGUUACCUAACAAUGAGAGUUUCCGUAAGUUCCAAUUAUUAGUUGCCAGAGUUCAUUUAUUGACUUAUUACUUCAUGGACUCUUCUAGAAUUGCAUUUUUUGAAUUACAAAAAGGGUUAGUUAGGUUAUAUAAUUCAGCUAUAGCCUUGAUCAAUUUCGCUCAUAUGUGUCAGGCCAAGGAUAAGAAUUUUGUCAAAUACUUACCAUCAGUUUAUGUAUUGAGUCUUUGGCAAACUUCAUGUAUUGUAUCGAAGUUAAUCCAUUCUCCUUUGAAGAAGGUCAUUGAUAUUGGUAGUGGGAAACAAAGUUAUCAGGCAGCCAUCACUUUAGCAGCUAAAGCAUCGAUUUUAAAACAUGAUAUGGCUCACAGAUCAAGUGGGAUCAUGAGGAAUAUGUGGCAGGUGAUGAGAACGUUGGAUGAGAAUAAUCAAAGUAAUUUGACCAUAGACAUUAGAAGUAGAAUGUCAGCAUCGGUGUUUUUUGAUUGUUUAUUCCUUUUGAGACAUCAAGUGGGAAUGUUGAAGAACAAUAGAGGCAAUCAAGAAGUUUCUGGAGAAGAAAAGAACGAAGAUGAUGAAGAGGAAGAAGAAGAGGAAGAAUAUGGAUAUCAAGAAACUGCCAUUGAAUCUGAAGAUGAAAAAGUAGCAGGAAGUCCGAAAUCUAAUUCAGGUUCUAACACUUCAAGUAAGAAGAAAACUAGAUCUUUGAGUAAUACCGUCAAUGCUGAAUCCAAGGCGAGAAAGAUCAUAAGAACCACACCUUUAGAUCCUCAACCUAUUUCGGCCAACAAAAGAAGUACCAUAUUCAAAUUAGUUGAGAAUUCCAAUGAAUCUUCUCCUAGAGUUAAAAGUGAUUCAAGUAGCUCGUCACACGUUCAAAUGCCAGUAGCUGAAAAACAAUUCAAACAAACAUUUAAAGUCAAUACCCCAAUAAUGUCGCACUCGCCACCAGCAUUUGGUGGUAGUAGGAUGGCUAUUACUGGGAACACUAUUAAUAGAUCUCAUUCAACAAAGGGUCAGUCAGAUAUCUUAAAUCAAUUCACCAACGUUUCAAAUGCAAAGAAUUUCGAUAAGAAGGAAUUAUCAUUAAAUCAAAUGGUACUCCAUGAAUCACCUCUUCAAGGAGGUUUAGAAAACUUAGAAUUCGAUAACAUUGACAUAAAUAGUGAUUUACUCUGGAAAGAUGUUGAUAGCGUUAUGAAUGAUUUCGGAUUCCAUGCCCAAUAA